GCUGUCAAAAUGGCAGGUGAACAUGAACGUAAGCCUUUAUUGAGUGAUGACGAAGGGGGAAUAGAAUACGAUGAAUAUAGCAUCAGCAAGAGCAAAACGAAACAUGGUUUCAACAGCCAUCUGGCCCUCGGCAUCGCAGCCAUCACCUUGGGCUCCUCCUUCCAGUUUGGCUACAAUACAGGUGUCGUUAAUUCUCCAGAACAGAUCAUUCAGGAUUUCUACAAUAAGACCUACUUUGAUCGGAAUGGGGAAUACAUGAAGCCGUCGAUGAAGACACUGUUGUGGUCCAUCACUGUUGCCAUGUAUGCUGUUGGUGGCAUGAUUGGGGGUGUCAGUGCCGGAUUCUGGGCCAACAGAUAUGGCAGGAAAGGAGCUCUGCUGAGGAACAACGUUAUUGCUGUGAUAGCUGGUGGACUUCUUGGUUUCUCCAAGAUGGCCAAGUCCUACGAGAUGCUGAUAGCGGGUCGAGUUGUCUCUGGAUUAAAUGCAGGAAUCAACACUGGCAUUGUCCCCAUGUACCUGUCAGAGAUUGCCCCAAUCUCCCUGCGUGGGCUGGCAGGCACGUUCAACCAGCUGGCCAUCACAACCGGAGUGUUUGUGUCUCAGCUGCUGGGCCUGGAGUUCAUCCUGGGCACAGACACACUGUGGCCGAUAUGUCUAGCGCUGACCUGUGGGCCUGUCGUGUUCCAGCUGCUGACUCUGACCUGCUGCCCCGAGAGUCCUCGCUUCCUGAUGCUGGCACAGGGGGAUGAGGAGGGCGCCAAGGAGGCGCUGAUGUGGCUGAGGAAGUCUCACGAUGUAGAGGAUGAGAUUGAAGAGAUGAAUGUGGAAAAAGAUGACGAAAAGAAACAUGCAAAAUUCGAGAUAUCACAUCUGUUUCUCCACAACGAACUCCGCAUCCCUCUUAUCAUCAGUGUGGUCCUACAGUUGACACAGCAGUUCUCCGGAAUUAAUGCUGUGAUCUACUACUCCACCAGUAUAUAUGAGUCAGCUGAUUUGUCAGAGCGGAACUCCCAGUUUGCUACCCUGGGAUCAGCAAUAGUCAAUGUGUUGAUGACAUUUGUGUCGGCUCUGAUCAUCGAUAGGGCUGGCCGGCGCAUCCUCCUUCUGACAGGCCUGGGAGGGAUGUUUGUGUUCACCGUUAUCCUCACUGUGGCGCUUGUGUUUCAGCAUCAAGUGUCGUGGCUGUCCUACCUGUGUAUCGUGGCGGUCAUCUGCUACAUCAUCUUCUUCGCUGUCGGACCAGGGUCCAUUCCCUGGCUGAUCGUGGCAGAGUUGUUCGCCCAGGGUCCGAGGUCAGCAGCUGUCAGCACAGCAGUCCUUGUCAACUGGAUGGCCAACUGUGUCGUGGGUCUUGUCUUCCCUACGCUACAGAAGUCCAUCGGUGUCUAUUCGUUUGUACCGUUUGCCGCCAUGCUGUUCCUGUCCUUUCUGUUCACAAUGUUCAAAGUCCCAGAAACAAAGGGCAAGACUAUUGAGGAGAUCACACACCUGUUCAAGGCCAACAUAGACAAACUUCAUAUCAAGAACGUGAAUGUCCCGUCUCCAGAUAUGGAGACCUCAGGGUCAAUACAGAAAGAAGGCUAAUAUGUCAGCAUAUAUAUUUGAGCCGUAUGGAGUUUGUGUGAGUGAGUGAAUGUUAUUUAACACUGUAGGAAGAGCACAGCUAUGUUAUUCUUCCCAAAAGAUUUAAAGACACCUGUUCUUUACUUAGUACAAGAUGGUGUGUGACACAAGAAGGGAAUAUCUUGACGGUCUUGUGUUGUAACCACCUGACCCUUAUUUGGUUGGCUUGUGUAAUAAUUCCUGAGUGCUUGGGACUUAAUCUGAUCUAGAAUCCUUGUUUUUGAGACUGAAUCGAAUAAUAGGAAAAAGAAAACAAGAUAUGGAAGAAUUUUAACUUGAAGUGUAAGAAAUCAAGCAAGGACCUCAGGACCUGAUUAGUGAUAUGAGAUGUUUUCCAUGUGUCAUUGGAACAGGGCAAAUGUUUAUUGUUAACCUCGAUAAGGAACUGGCAGAAUUAAGUUGUUUUCAUGUUAUUUGUUUGUUUGUUGUUUAACGCCGUACUCAGCAAUAUUCCAGCUAUAUGACGAGGGUCUGAAAAUAAUCGAGUCUGGACCAGACAGUCCAGUGAUUGA